GAAUUGAGACUCCAAGACACCUUUAACAUUUUGGCCAUCUCUUGACACUGCAGUAACUCCACUGGACAGUCAGAGUAGAGUGACACAAAUUGGGACUGUGGGAAGGAGCACUUCUCCUAAAAGGAAGAAUAAAAUAGCCUGACCCCCCUGCUGGGGAUGGCUUUGUCUGUGGACUCGGCUUGGUGCCGCUGGCAGCGACUGGGAGCUCCUCGGCCCUCCCUGGAAUCCACACCACUGCUGUUUUCUGUCAGAGACAAACCAGAACUCAACCCAGACAAAUGGAGGAUUGUGUUUCCUGGCAGUGAGAGACAGUGGAAAGACUGGAAACAAGCUUCUACCUUUCAUUCUGGAAACAGGAUACAGACCACAAAGUACACAUGGCUCACUUUUUUGCCCCAAAAUCUUUUCGAACAGUUUCUCAGGCUGGGCAAUCUUUACUUCUUCUUUCUGAUGGUUCUGAGCUGGUUCCCACAAGUGGAAGUCUUCCACAGGGAGGUUACUCUGCUGCCUCUGGUUGUGGUGCUGCUUGCCAGCAUGAUUAAGGAUGCUAUUGAGGACUACAGAAAACACCAAUAUGACAAGGCAAUAAACUCCUCGAAGACCAGGGUGUAUGACAAGACAGAACGUGCUUACGUCGAGAGGUGCUGGAAGGACGUGAGAGUGGGGGAUUUCGUGCAGCUGCAGUGCAACGAGACCAUCCCAGCAGACAUCCUGCUGCUCUACUCCUCCGACCAGAGCGGGAUCUGCCACCUGGAAACCGCCAACCUGGACGGGGAGACCAACCUGAAGCAGCGGCGGGUGGUGAUGGGCUUCCCCAGCCAGAAUACUUUGUUUGAACCCGAAAUUUUCCAAAGCACCAUCAUCUGUGAAAUGCCAAACAACGAUCUCAAUAAGUUCAAAGGUUACAUGGAGCAGCCAAAUCAUGAACGGGUUGGUUUUAACAUUGAAAGCCUCUUGCUCCGUGGAUGUACAAUCAGAAAUACUGAGGUUGCAGUAGGAAUUGUUAUAUAUGCAGGCCACGAAACCAAGGCCAUGCUGAACAACAACGGCCCUCGUUACAAGCGCAGCCGGAUCGAGCGCCGGAUGAACGUGGAUAUUUUCCUGUGCGUGGGGCUCCUCUUCCUGAUGUGCCUCGUUGGAGCUGUAGGACACGGCAUUUGGACUGGAAACUUCUCGGAGCACCCACCCUACGAUGUCCCAGACGAAAAUGGCAAUUUUCUGUCUCCAGUUCUUGCUGGUUUCUACAUGUUCUUGACAAUGAUAAUCCUGCUGCAGACUCUGAUCCCCAUUUCUCUUUAUAUGUCGAUUGAGCUGGUCAAACUGGUCCAAGUCUUCUUAAUUCACAACGACAUUGACCUGUAUGAUGAAGCAGCAGAUUUGCCCAUCCAGUGCCGUGCCCUAAAUAUUACUGAGGAUCUUGGACAAAUCCAGUAUAUCAUCUCAGACAAAACUGGGACACUAACAGAAAACAAAAUGGUAUUUCGACGCUGUACUGUUGAUGGAAUUGAGUUUUCCCAUCAGGAAAAUGCCAGGCGCCUGGAAACCCACAAAGAGCUGGAUUUGGACGAUGAGGACUUUGCAAAACCUGAGCACUUCACUCUUCCCCCCAUGAGCCCCCCGAGGCCGGGCUGGUCCCGGCAGGGUCCGGCGAGGUCCCUGCGGCGCUGCCAGAGCGCCCGGGCGCGGUUCCAGGGCCACGCCAGGAGCAGGUCAUUGGGGCGGCGGGACAGCAGCCAGUCCCAGGUGGCCUUCAGCAGCACCAUCGAAAAGGAUGUGACUCCCGACAGCAGGCUGCUGAGGAGAGUGAGAGAAGCUGCACUCCAGGCUGAAAGUCUUUCUCCUUUUAUCCAUACAAGAGCUUCCACAUCCUUUAUUGACUUUUUUCUUGCCCUUGCCAUCUGCAAUACAGUGCUGGUCUCCACAGCUACCGAGCCAAGACAAAGGGUCACAGUUCCGCCACCAAUAAGACCUUCAGGAAUCACCCUGGAGAAGAUCCAUCAGAUAUUUCAAAGGCUGAAGUUAGCAAGCCUCAGCCAGUCCCUCUCAUCGUCCCAGUCCAGUUCCGAGCUCGGGGCGAGUCUCAGUGCGAGGGGCCCCGAGGAUUCCCUCUCUGCCCUGGCAGGCGGUGCCAGCGGGGCGGCCCCGGAGCUGCAGCACAGGGGCAGCACGGAUGAGGGCACCGCUUCCCUGGAGGAGGUCUUUAACUCUGUGAGCAGCAGCUCUUUGCCCCCAGCCUUCUGCUACGAGGCCGAGAGCCCCGACGAGGCGGCGCUGGUGCACGCGGCGCGGGCCUACAGCGUCAGCCUGGUGUCCCGCACGCCCGAGCAGGUCACCGUGCGCCUGCCCCAGGGCACGCUGCUCACCUUCGACAUCCUCCACACCCUGCCCUUCGACUCCGUCAGGAAAAGGAUGUCUGUGGUGGUCAGGCACCCCCUCACCAAGGAGAUCGUUGUCUACACCAAAGGCGCUGACUCUGUCAUCAUGGACUUGCUGGAAGACUCUGCCACAGCUGAGAAGAGAAUGAAAAGAAUAAAAGAAAAAACACAGAAACACCUGGACUACUAUGCCCGUGAUGGACUGCGAACUCUGUGCAUAGCUAAGAAGGUCUUAAAUGAAGAUGACUUUCAAAAAUGGGCCAAUUUUCGUCGGGAGGCAGAAGCUGCAAUUGACAACAGAGAGGAGCUGUUACUGGAGACAGCACAGCAUCUGGAGACCAAACUCACCUUGCUGGGAGCAACAGGGAUUGAAGAUCGGCUGCAGGAUGGAGUGCCUGACACUAUCGUGGCCCUUCGAGAAGCUGGGAUACAAAUCUGGGUGCUGACAGGAGACAAACAGGAGACAGCAGUGAACAUUGCAUACUCCUGUAAGCUCCUGCACCAGAGAGACACCGUCUUCACCAUUAACACUGAAAGUAAGGAAACUUGUGAGUCUCUCCUGGAUUUAACCCUGGAAGAGGUGAUGGUGCAAAUGAUGUGAGUAUGAUUCAAGCAGCUGACGUUGGAAUUGGAAUAUCUGGUCAGGAAGGCAUGCAGGCAGUGAUGGCCAGUGACUUUGCAAUAUCCCGAUUUAAACAUCUCAAAAAGCUGCUCCUUGUCCAUGGACAUUGGUGUUAUUCCCGCCUGGCAAAGCUGGUGAUUUACUUUUU